UAUGACUCUUUUGGAUAAAUAGAUUAAAAUCCUAGGUAUGAUUAUGUAGUGCAACUGAUUUUGCAUGAAGUAUUACUGUUGAAUUUAUUACUAGCUAGCUACGAAACCUCGAGAGAUUUUUGGGUUUUAUAAGCCUUAUUGGCUCAUAAAUAAGGUGCAGAGCUCACGGCUCGACUCUCUCCUGUUUUAUACAAUGGAUAAGAGUUGGAUAUCAAAUAAAUCUAUAACUAAGGAGGAGUACAUUAGAGGGGUUUUAAGUUUUAUGGAUUUUGCUUUUGCUAACUCAUCUGAAAAUGGGAAAAUUUUUUGUCCCUGCAAAAAAUGUGUCAAUUGCUACAAGCGUACUCGGAUGGAUGUCUAUGAACAUGUAAUCAAUCAUGGAUUUCUAAAAGGUUAUAUUCAUUGGAUCUUUCAUGGUGAGAAAGAAAACCCUUCUAACCCUCUAUGUGCAUCUGAAGUAGAACACGGAUUUGAUCAUGACAUGGAUGCAUUAAUUCAUGAUGCAUUUCCAAUGCAUACGAAUAGCGAUAAUGAUGAUGAUGCAUAUACAAAUAUAGAGGACAGGGGUUCUGAAGCAUUCACAAACAACCAUAAUGCUCAACAAUCUGAAGAGGAUGAUAAUUCAAAAAAGUUCUUUAAGUUAUUGAAGGAGGCAGAGCAAAAUCUUUAUCCCGGUUGUAAGUUCUCAAAACUAUCCUUCAUCGUACACUUGUACCACUUAAAGUGUAUGAAUGGAUGGACUGACAAAAGCUUCUCAAUGUUGCUAGAACUGUUAAGUGAUGCAUUUCCUGAGGAAAAUACUUUGCCUAAGUCAUUUUAUGAGACAAAGAAGAUUAUUUCGGGGUUGGGUUUAUCAUAUGAAAAAAUUCAUGUUUGUCCAAACGAGUGUAUAUUGUAUUGGAGGGAUUUGGCUCAUCUUAAUGUUUGUUCUAAAUGUGGUCUCUCAAGAUGGAAAGUUAACUCAGAUGAUGUGGAAGGUAGAAAAAAGAUACCUUUAAAGGUUCUUCGUUGGUUUCCUCUUAAGGCUAGAUUACAAAGACUUUUUAUGUCAUCGAAAACAGCUUCUUUUAUGACAUGGCAUAAAGAUAAUCGAUCUAAAGAUGGACUCAUGAGACAUCCAGCUGAUUCUUUUGCUUGGAAGGAUUUUGAUCGUCGAUAUUCGGAUUUCUCUCGUGAUGCUCGUAACGUUCGACUAGGUUUAGCUUCUGAUGGCUUUAAUCCUUUCAAAACCAUGACAAUUUCUCACAGCACUUGGCCUGUUGUCUUGAUUCCAUAUAAUCUUCCACCGUGGAUGUGUAUGAAGCAACCAAACUUCAUACUCUCGUUGCUUAUUCCUGGUCCAAAAGGUCCAGGUAAUAAUAUUGAUGUAUAUAUGCAGCCUCUUAUCGAAGAAUUAAAGGAAUUAUGGGAAAUUGGAGUCAGAACCUUUGAUGCAUGUAAAAGGGAGUCAUUUCAAAUGCGUGCUGCGAUCAUGUGGACUAUAAAUGAUUUCCCAGCCUAUGCAAAUUUGUCAGGUUGGAGUACGAAAGGUCGAUAUGCUUGUCCAUGUUGUGGUUUUGACACAACCUCUAAGUGGUUGCGUUAUAGUAGAAAGUUUUGUUAUAUGUGUAAUCGGCGUUGGUUAGAGCCUGGCCAUAAAUGGAGAUACAAUAAAGGACAUUUUGAUGGAAACCAAGAGUUUCGAGCUCCACCUGAGCUACCCAAUGGAACUAUUGCUUUGAAACAAAUGGAAGAACAUGGAAUUGGGACACCGUCACCAUGGAAAAAGAAAUGUAUUUUGUUCACAUUGCCUUAUUGGGAAUAUAAUGUUCUUCGUCAUAAUCUUGAUGUGAUGCAUAUUGAAAAAAAUGUAUGUGAUAACAUCAUUGGAACCUUGCUGCAUUUAGAACGAAAGUCAAAGGAUAACGAUAAGGCACGUUAUGACCUUAUAGACAUGAACAUAAGAAGUCAGCUACACCCAAGGAUACAUCAAUGUAAUGGUAAAAAGUAUUUGCCUAGAGCUUGUUAUCAGAUGACAUCAAAGGAGAAAGAAUCAUUCUUGGAAGUGCUGAAGAAUUUGAAAGCUCCAGAUGAAUAUUUGUCUAGUAUUCCAAGAUGUGUGCAAGUGAAGCAACGCAAAAUAUCUGGCCUCAAAAGCUAUGACAAUCACCUUCUAAUGCAAGAGUUUCUUCCAAUAGCUAUGAAAGGUUGUUUGCCCGACAAAGUGACUAAAGUUAUAAGUGAGCUUUGUAAUUUCUUCAAAGAGCUAUGUGGCAAGGUGCUUAAUGAGCAUAAUUUGGAGGACUUGGAGCAUCGAGUAGCUAAAACGUUGUGCCAAUUAGAAAAGAUUUUCCCUCCAUCUUUUUUCACUGUAAUGGUGCAUUUGGUAAUCCAUUUGGCAUAUGAGGCAAAAGUUGCUGGUCCAGUUCAUUACCGAUGGAUGUAUCCCGUUGAAAGGUUCCUUUUUACUCUAAAGUCAUUUGUACGUAAUCGAGCACAUCCUGAAGGGUCUAUUGCAGAGAGUUAUAUAGCUUAUGAAGGCUUGAUAUUUUGUUCACGGUAUCUCCCUGGAGUGGAAACUCGUUUUAAUCGACCUAGUCGAAAUGAUGAUUCCUUUUUUGUCGAAAACUCAAGUCUUUUUAAUCCUAGAGGUAGACCAUUGGGGAGAAAAAGCCACAUUGGGUUCAAAGUAAAGAAAAGAAGAAGAGUUUCUCGAGUUUCUCUUGAUAAAAAAACAUUGAUACAAGCACAUAGAUAUGUGCUUUUCAACAACAAUAAUGUGGACCCCUUUCAAAGAGAACACAUUGAUCUUAUCAAGAGACAAAAUCGAAAUCGUCGGCUCUCACCAUAUGAACUCGACAGAAUUCAUUGUCAAACAUUUUCUGAUUGGUUUCGUGAACGAGUCGCACGAUUGGAAGAGCAAGGAAGUGUUAUUGUCACAGAUGAAAUCAAAUGGUUAGCACGUGGUCCACUAGAAAUAGUGAGAAACUAUAGUGGUUAUAUUGUUAAUGGGGUUAGAUUCCAUACAAAGAAGCGUGAAAGGUGCUUAAAGACUCAAAACAGUGGGAUUUGUGUUACUGUUAAGACAAGAAGUUAUGCUAGUUCAAGAGACAAACACCCUAAAGAAGGAGAAAUAAACUACUAUGGUGCAUUGACAGAUAUAGUUCAGUUGGAUUAUGCAGGGAAAUAUAAAGUUGUACUUUUCAAGUGUGAUUGGGUUGACAUAAAUAGGGGUUGCAGCAUUGAUAAUUUGGGCUUGCCAUUAGUAAAUUUUAAUUAUUUGCAACAUACAGGCAAUGAUAUAUGUGAUGACCCAUUUAUUUUUGCUUCUCAAGCCAAAAAAGUAUUCUAUGUGGAGAAUAAGAGACAAAAGGAUUGGUUUGUCGUUGUGCACGCUAAGGUUAGAGAUGUAUAUGAUUUGGGUGAUCUUCAAUCCAAUGCUAUAGAUAAUGGAAAUGAACAAGUCUUGGAAGAAAUAAAUGAUAAUGACUUGAUUAGACCAGAAGCUGAUGAUAGUGAUGAUAUCAUUGAAGUUCAAAUUAAUAUGGAGGACAUUCCCCGAAGUGACAUCCCCCAAAAUGAUGAGGAUUGUGAUACAGGGGAUGAUAGUGAGGAAGACUAUGUUUGUUUUCCUGUUAUUAAUGAUGGUUUUACUGAUUUUGUUUAA